GCCGAGCUCUGCAUUCCCGCCACUCCCUCGGCUCCCCGAGGCCGCGCCCUCUCCGGGGACCGGGCCGUUUCCCGAGGCCGCUCCCUCUCUCUGUCCCGGGCACCGGGCCGGUUCCCGGGUCAGGCCGCCAGUUGCUGCUCAAAUAAAAUUACCCGAGGCGCGCGGAAAACGUGAGGCGUGGGCGGCGAGUGACGGGCAUCCCGGCCAAUCGGAGCGCUCGGCGGGGGUUGAGCCCCGCCCCUGGACUACAGGAUAACCAAUGGAAGCGCUCGUCAGGGUUUGAGCCCCGCCCCGAAGCCACCGGCUGACCAAUCGGCGCGCUGGUGGGCGUGGCCUAGCGGCUGACGGAGGCCUCGGUCCUCAGACACAAGCAGAGGCGCGCUCCCCGACCCGCCGCCCGGUCCCCCCGCCCGCCCGCCCGUCCAGCCGCCGCCUCAGCCCUCACCCGCCGCCCAGGAUGUUCAUCAUCAGGUCCGAGUACGACAGAGGUGUUAACACAUUCUCUCCAGAAGGCCGAUUAUUUCAAGUUGAAUAUGCUAUAGAGGCUAUUAAGUUGGGUUCUACUGCCAUCGGAAUCCAAACCAGUGAAGGUGUUGUUCUGGCGGUUGAGAAGAGGAUCACUUCCCCGCUGAUGGAACCCAGUAGCAUUGAGAAAAUAGUUGAAAUUGAUUCACACAUAGGUUGUGCAAUGAGUGGAUUAAUCGCUGAUGCCAAAACUUUAAUAGACAAAGCACGAGUUGAAACACAGAAUCAUUGGUUUACCUACAAUGAAAAUAUGACGGUUGAGAGCGUGACACAGGCAGUUUCCAACCUGGCCUUGCAGUUCGGUGAAGAAGAUGCAGAUCCUGGUGCAAUGAGCCGACCAUUUGGUGUGGCAUUGCUGUUUGGAGGGAUUGAUGAAAAGGGCCCACAAAUGUAUCACAUGGAUCCAUCUGGGACCUUUGUACAGUGUGUCGCAAGAGCGAUUGGUUCUGCUUCUGAGGGGGCCCAGAGUGCGCUACAGGAGGUUUAUCAUAAGUCGAUGAAGUUAGAUGAGGCAAAGAAGGAAGCACUCACCAUCCUGAAACAAGUAAUGGAAGAAAAACUAAGUGCUACUAAUAUUGAGCUUGCAACAAUAGAGCCUUCAAAAACAUUUCACAUGUACACAAAGGAAGAGCUGGAGGAAGAAAUAAAGAAAAUCUAAAUUUGAAUUCGGACCCAGACUAUGGUUUUCUUGAGUAUGAAUUCAAGCAAUCAAAGCUACAAAGUCCGAAGAUUUCCAGUUCGUGGAAUAAAACAAUGUAGGACUGAGCAAUUUCAGAUAAAGUUUCUGCAUAUGUGUUACUAGCUGUAUCUUGGUUUUGGAAAAUCUUUGUACAUAGUGCAUUGAGAACCAUUAUUGUGAACUAAAUGGGACUAAAUAAAUUUUUGUAACUGA